CGUAAGCUUACGCCAAUAUUAAGUUAUAAAAGGGACGUUUAGUUAGAUAUGAAUGCGCUAUAUUUUGCACAGAUUUUGCUACUUAUACAAAUUGUGAAUGUACACGGAGAGCCCCAUUGCUCAAGAUAUCACUAUGAGGAGAAAAUGUUAGAGAAGAUGAUAAGGAUGGAAAUUCGAAUGGAAGAGAUUGAACGAAAAUUACAGAAAGCAGAGGAAACAAAUAAACUUCUAACAGAUGAUAUUAAAGACUUGCAGUCGCAUACAGUUGGCAAGGUAGCUUUCUUCGCCAUAGCAAAAGCUCACCAGUUGGGGAUGACAAAACAUCAGAUAGUUGUAUUUGAAGAAAUAGUGACACAUAUUGGUUCCUCAUACGACAAAACAUGUGGAAAAUUUGUGGCGCCGAAAAAUGGGGAUUACGUUUUCUUCUCUACAGUACUUGGUCACAAUAAUGCUAUGGUAUUUUUACACGUAGCAGUAAAUAAUCAGCAAAAAACUAACUUCUACGCCCAUGGACUAAAUAAUGGACAUGACAGUACAAGUGUAACAGUUCUUUAUCAAUUAAGUGAAGGUGAUAUUGUCACAAUAAGAAAUGCAGGGUUAAAGGGCGACAUUCACGGUAGCGAAUACUCAUCUUUUGGAGGAUUUCUACUGAAUUAACAAUACAUUCCACUCUACGUCUGAAAUAUUUGGAGCUUCUCUAUAACAAAUGCAACACAUUCUGAACAUACAAUAGUAAUUUUGUGUUCUAUUUUUGAUUAAGUCACAUCAACACAGUAAAGGUCAUACAGUGAGGAAGACCUCAGGUGGAACGCAGCUAUUUCAUCGAUGUUUGGUAAAUAUCAGCAAUCAUGGGUCUCAAAACAUUUACAGUCAGGGUCAUCUUACUAGCCACAUGCAAUCAAAAUACAAUUAUAUCUAUCAGAGGGCUGAAAUAAAGAUAUAUAAAUAAGACAAAAUGUGUCAAGUCAUACCUUUAUUUAUUGCACAUAGAUGUAUAUAUAUUAUAUUUUUACAUAUUUUCGAAUUGAUAUAUAAUAAUUGAUAAACAUUUGUAAUAAAUGAUUCAAAGAAUUUUAAAGAUCAUAAUCUUGUUACAAAU